AUGAAUAUUGUUGAUUCAUAUAUCGAUGAAAUUAAAGAUAAUUUAGAUUCUUUCGAGGGAAAUUUGAAUAUAAUUAAUAAAAAUAAGAACAAUAAUGGUUUCGAAAUAAAUAUAUAUAUUAAAAAGAUAGAUGAACUUAUACAAGCCAUAGAAUCAGAUAUAUCAUCAUUAAAAUUGGAAUAUAGCAGUAAUAAAGGUGGAGAUAUAAAUAAAGAUCAAAAUAUAAAACUAUUGUUUCAAAAAUACGAUCAAUUAAAACUACAAUAUAACAAAACUAAACUAUUAGACAGUAGGAAUAGCAACACAUUCAGAGACGAGGAUGGUAAACUAGUAAAGCUAAAUUAUAAUGGUAACGACACCAAAGAUAAAGUUGCAAGACUUAAUAAAAUCCAUGAAAACAAUUUACAAAUGAUAAAAGAUGCAAGAGUACAACUAUCAAAUAUGACAAAUACAGCAAUUGAGACAAAUAUGGAACUAAAAAGACAAACUGAACAAAUGAGAGGAAUGGAAAAGAAAUUUGAUGAAAUUGAUGCAUCCCUCGAUCAAUCAAAAAAAACUGUAGAUAAAAUGUCCAAGAGAUGGUUUUAA